AUGAGGGAGAACGGCAUCACACCCAACGAGACCCAGCUCUGUUCCUUGCUGCGGGCGCUCUUCGGCGAGGAGGGACAGGAGCGGGAUCGGCAAAAGGGCCUGGAGAUCUUUCAGCAGCUUGUGGACGACACGAGUGUGAACCUCACGGAAGUCCACUUUGACAUGGCGAUCAAUGUCUGCGAGAAGGACGGCUUGUGGAGAGAGAUCCUCUCUCUGGCCACGGCGAUGGGCUCGCGUGGCAUCAGCCCACACUCGAUGACCUGCAAUGCCGUGCUUAAGGCCUGCGUGCAGCUGGGGAAGUCGGAUGUGGCAUUGAAGCUCCUGGGCACCAUGGCCCGUGACGGCACGGAACUGGAUCGUGUCGCCUACCGGACCGUACUUGCUGCUUGUGCACGGGCGAGGAGCUGGGACGAGGUGCUGAAGCUUUACGCGGAGGUGGAGGCCGAGCAUCCCAGCUUUCUUGGACCGGACUUGGCGCUGCCGGCGAUCACCGCCAUGUGUGAGGUCGGCCGCAAUGAUGAAGCGAUCGCGCUUUACCGAGAAACCUUCGGGGGCAUGCUGGCCCAGCAGCAGACUAGGUCUUCUGGUUCCGAUCCCAUCGUCCUCGAUGCGCGCAGGCUGUCUCCCCAGGUGGGCGGCAUCCUCAUGCGGUGUGCAUUGGAAGAUGCAGUUGCCAGAGCUGAUGCGACGGCAGCGAGAGCUGCUCCGCGAAUGGCCCUUGCCGGAUUCCCACCCUCGAGGCCCAAGGACAUCCUCAUCGCCGUAAAUGCGGCUGACCUUGACGAUGAAUCUGCACUUCCAGGGUCUACCGCAGAGAUGCUCCUGCAGGUGGGCCGGGAGGUUCUCGGCGCAGAGGGCUCCCUGGAGUGCCAGCAGACACCGUUUCCAUCUGUCCGAGUCCCGGGUCUCAGCCUGCAGUCCCUGCUGGUGCAGCAGGUGCAACAGGCGGUCUCCGACUUCGAAGGAAGUCCGCAGUCGAUGUGA